GGCGCCGGCCGUCGGGUAAGGUCAUUGAGUAAAGUAAGAUGUCACAAGAAAGGACAUCAGAGGAAGUUGUGUCUCCCUUUCUUAUGCAACUAUCGAAAGCUAGAGUUCUUUCGUUGACACUGGGUGAGGAUAGUUUGCAUGCAGAGAUCGAACUUCUGUUUAAAAAUAUCGAGAGAGAGACUCUUGACAUGGAGGAUAUACUAAAGCGAGUUUCCAAAUGGGAAAGUGAUAUUAUCAAUGACUUUGGAGGAAUAGCACGACAUUUAGAAGACAUCAUAGAAGAAGAUAGCCAGCAGCAAUUUGUACUUUCGAAGCUUCAGAUUGUGAACACUGAAAUGUCCUACCUAAAAGAUCGCAUGAAAUUUCCUCUCCAUGUUCCUUUGGUCAAGCCAGCAGCUCCUGCAGUGUUAUCACCAUCUUUACCAUUUAAAUUUUUGUCUGCAAACGCUUCAGAGCAAUGGAAAAAAUUGGAGAUCGAGAGGAAAAUCCUUGAGAGCUCCGCGUUAUCUGACUUGCAGCUCAGCUAUUAUAAUCUUGAUCUUCAGCUGAAGCUGUGCUUGUUAUGCUUUUCUAUAUUCCCAGAAAAUUCCAUUAUUAGCAAGAGGGCCAUGAUCUAUUGGUGGAUUGGUGAAGGGUUAGUAGAAGCCACAAGAAGUCAGACAGCCGAAGAUACUGGGAAGGACUGCUUCCAGCGGUUGAUCAAUGCAGAGAUGAUUGAACUUGUAUGUCAUAAACGUAACUGUAGUGUGAACCAAUGUAAGUUGCACCCUUGGAUUCGGCGUAUGUUGAUUACUGUUGCAAGACAAGAACGAUUUUUUGAAUUCGAUUCCGAUGGAAAUGCAACAUGGGACUUUUCAGGUACUCACCGUGCUUGCCUUGCUGGAGAACAUAUUCGGGUAAUAGAAACGGCAUCACCCAGAAAUCAGUCCAAUCCCGAUCACCUUCUCACAAUAUUUAAUGUGAGCGAACAAUACCUCCAGUUCGAGAAGAAUUGGUUCUUUGAGUUGAGGAAAAUCGAAGUUCUCCAUCUAGGUCGGUGGAAUAACUUGUACCGACACCAUAUUGAGGUUGACAGCACUGAAUAUUUUGAUGGACUGCAGUCAUCCAAACAAUUGAAAUAUCUUUGUCUGCGGGGUAUCUCCCGUAUUACUGAGCUUCCUUCUUCAAUUGGUGCUCUCCCAAAUCUCAGGAUCUUGGAUCUUCAUGCUUGUCAUAACCUUGAGAGACUGAGUGAGAGCAUCACGUCUCUUCAGAUGCUGACCCACCUUGACGUUUCAGAAUGCUACCUGCUGGAGGGUAUGCCAAGGGGCAUUGGUUUGCUUACUGAACUCCAAGUGCUGAAAGGGUUUGUCAUUGGUGGAUCUACAGGCAAUUACAAUUGUCGGGUAGCGGAGCUGGUCAGGCUGGACAAACUGAAGAAGCUAAGCAUAUAUAUUGGAAGUAAAGUUGUAGUGACAGAAGACGAACUGAAUGAAGUUGCAAACAUUAAAGCUCUUCGUGUGCUGACCAUUACAUGGGCUGUGUUGCUAUCAAAGAAAGGAGUGAGCCAACAAGAUUCUGCAGCAACAGCAUUGUUAACUUCACUAUCCCUUCCUCCCCAUCUCGAAAAGCUAGACUUACGUUGCUUCCCUGGUGAGAACAUGCCGGUUUGGUUGAGUCCGAGUAGGCUGUUGAGACUGCAGAGGCUCUACUUCACAGGAGGAAUGCUACAGACUUUUGGAGAAAAGAGCAUGUCCGAGCUGUGGAACAUUGAGAUAUUGCGUUUGAAAUUCUUGAAUUACCUAGUGUUAGAAUGGACCCAGGUGCACGAGAUGUUUCCGAACCUUACUUUCCUGGAGGUCUUCAGAUGUACCAAUAUAAAAUCUUUCCCUUGUGACAAGGAUGGAGUGUGGAUGAACUGUGACACCCAUGAAACAAUAGAGUAGAACAGAAAACCAAAUCAAGCUUUUCAUGCCGGGAGAGAAGCAAGUUUUUCCGGAAAACAAGUUUGAGCAGUCCCUACUGAAGUUCCGCAAGUUAUAGUCAGUCUCUCUCGCACAUGCUAUUUCACGCCGUCAUGCAAAAGUUUGUUACCCGCUUCCAGCAAAAUUUUAUUGGCCUUUUUUACUCUAAAUUUCUCAAAAAAUGUAUUUUUGACUUGAAUGUUUGUCACAAUAUAUUUUUGAAGGUCGUAAAGGUCUGACGCUGCAGUUAACUUCUUCAUAAGAAAUCAUGUCAUAAUUUUCAUGUGACAAUCCAUAAACCCAUAUACAGAUAUUAUAUAGUAGUAUCAUUUUUGUCCAUUACAGAUAUGUU